UAGCCCAGGCUGCCUCUCCACCUGUAAGACCGUCCCACCCUCAACCUAAGCCCCUUCCAGCUAGUGCACAUGGUGGCCUUGGAAGACUUAGAGGGUGCGAGGAUAAUCUAGAGCACCGCCUUCUGGAGCUGAAGUCCAGAGGAUCAAAGGGGACAUCAGGCUUGACGUCCGGGAAGGGGAUCAGGACGGAGAGCUCUGCCACCCGCGUCUACUUCUUUAGGGUGGGGCCGCAGGCAGCACGGCCCCCUCCGGGCCAUUGAUUGCCAUUCUGGGCGCGUGUAGCGUUUUUUUUUUUCCAGCAGAACAAACCGCACUUGGCUACCGCGCCCCUCUAGUUGCGUGUUUGCCACCGCGCGGCCGCGGCGCGUGUGAGUGCACCGCGCAGCUUUUCAGUUUCCGCGCUGACAGAGGCAGGGCCGUGUAGCUGAGGCUCCAACCUGCAGAUCUGGCAGUUGGAAAAAAUUUUUUUCUUCUUUCUUGACUGCGGUUUCUGAACGACUGAAGCGUUUACAAGAUCUUUGCUCACCACCACCCCCCUCCUCCUUCCCCUCCCUCUCCUCCUCUUCCUCCUCCUGCUGCUGCUCUUCUUCCUCCUCUUCCUUUUCUCUUCCUUCUCAGUAAGCAUCUUGACACAGCCAUGCGAGGACGAAUGGAUCUGGCCAGUCAUUUUUUUCUUUAUGAAUUAUUAUACCCCACCCCCCUCGCCUUUGGGAGGGAAGCAUGUGUUUCAUCUUAUAAAUAGAAAGUAGCAUAUUUUUUGGCAGGACCUGCUUUAUACAGCACCGUCUAGGAGAGGUUUCUCCUUGCUGUAGAAGGAACUGGAUAAUAUAACUGAUUCUCCAGAAAGACCCACGUGGCCCUGUGCUGAGCAAGCUCUCUCACACCCCGUCUCAUUUUAGAUCCACUUGAGAAGAAAUGAUGUGACAAUUCUUAUCAAAAAGGACUUUUUGGAAGUGUGGGAUACCCGUGAAGAAGGUCACCCUUUCCCUGGUCUGUGAAAUAGACAUUCUCAGAUUCCAAAAUGCCUGCCAAGACCCCAAUUUACCUGAAAGCAGCUAACAACAAGAAGGGAAAGAAAUUUAAACUGAGGGACAUUCUGUCCCCUGAUAUGAUCAGUCCUCCCCUGGGGGACUUUCGUCACACUAUUCACAUCGGCAAAGAGGGCCAGCAUGACGUCUUUGGAGAUAUUUCCUUUCUUCAAGGGAACUAUGAGCUCUUGCCUGGAAACCAAGAGAAAACACACUCAGGCCAGUUCCCGGGGCAUAAUGACUUCUUCCGGGCCAACAGCACCUCGGACUCAAUGUUCACAGAAACACCCUCCCCGGUGCUCAAAAAUGCCAUUUCCCUCCCGACUAUUGGGGGAUCCCAGGCUCUCAUGCUGCCCUUAUUGUCACCAGUGACAUUUAAUUCCAAGCAGGAGUCCUUUGGGCGUCCCAAGUUGCCAAGGCUCAGCUGUGAGCCUGUCAUGGAAGAGAAAGUUCAGGAGAAAAGUAGUCUGUUGGAGAAUGGGACAGUCCACCAGGGAGACACUUCAUGGGGCUCCAGUGGCUCUGCGUCUCAGUCCAGCCAGGGCAGGGACAGCCACUCUUCCAGUCUGUCUGAACAGUACUCCGACUGGCCUGCAGAGGACAUGUUUGAGCAUCCCGCCUCCUGUGAGCUUGUGAAGUCAAAGACUAAAUCAGAAGAGUCCCUCUCUGACCUGAUGGGCUCCCUGCUCUCCCUGCAGUUGGAUCUUGGGCCCUCACUUUUGGAUGAAGUCCUGAAUGUCAUGGAUAAAAAUAAGUAACCAGGAGUCAGCUCUUUUUCUUGGGAGUAAGAGGUACCAAAAUAAGCAGAAAACAAAAAGUGAACUAACCACAGCUGGUGGAAAGAGCUGCCCUGACUGUUUUUAUUUGCAGCCAUGUGAUGCAUUUUCUAAAAUAAUGCUCCUGUUCCUACAAAAUAUUUUUUUAACCAUCAUGCCCUGUUUGCAAAAAUUUUGAAAACAAUAAUUUUUAAAAAUUAAAAAAAAAAAACAAAAAACAAAAAACAAAAACCUGUUCUGGCAAAAAAAUAAAAAGGAGGAAGUGAGUCAGAGCUCAUUUUCAGCAGGCAUUGCUGAUGCUCAAACAUGCUUGAUUUCGUUUGUAUGUUUGUUUGUUUGUAGAUGUGCAGAAAUCCAAGCUGUCUAGGAGGGUUGAGGCCAUGGGUCUCUCCACGGCGAUUUACGGCAUGUUGUGAGAAGGAAAUCAAAACUUACUUGGCACCUACGCCUUCUUUUCUAGACUCUUUUGUAUAUUGUGUCUUUUGGGUUCACCAUAGCGAAUUCUCCAGUAUUAAGAUUUUACUCUCUUUUCAUAUUCAAACAACCAUACAGGAUUUGGGGUUUUUUCCUCGUGGUUCUUAUAUAUCCCUGUAUAUUAUUUCCAUGUUGCAAAAAUUUGACUUUCAGCUACAUGUUGGUUAAAAACAAGGUAUUACUGUAACUAAGUUAUUUUUAAAGUUGAAAUAUAUUUUUAUGUGCCUUUGGCUUUUUAUUGCAAAGUCUACAUUUUAUAUAUAAUACAUCAAGUGUUAUUUGUCUUGUUUCCACUUGGGCUUUCUUGCAAGCUACAUAUGUGUAUUUGAAAACAACAAAAACAACCCAACCCUAUGCAUUAUCAGCAUGUCCCCCCUUGCUCCUGUGUUACCAUACUUCCUAUAGGAGGCACAGGGUGAUGUGUCUGCAGACUGGAGGUGAGGUAGGUAUUUAAAGACAGCUCAUGUCCACAUUACUUGGGUACAUCAUACCAUGAAAUAAAGAGUAAAUGCUAAAA